AUAGCAGCUUAUUAUGGCUUUCACCACUGGUCUGAAGUCUGAUUGUGAAACUUUGUUGUGUCGUUUCCAGAAGACUGACAGUGUGAGAUAUGAAGAAUUUGCUGCCUUAUGGAGGGAAAUGAACUUUUCCUCUAUAUUUUAUGGUAAAAUGGGUGACUUGGAGAAAAACAACUUUACACAAGAAGCCUUAACUUUGGCCUGCCAGUAUAUUUUACCUCCGUAUUCUUUCCAGAUCCGUGUAGGUGGCCUCUAUUUACUGUACGGAUUAUAUCAUUCACAGCUCUGUCAGCCAAAGCAAAAGAUCAGAAUAGCACUAAAAGACUGGGAUGACUUGAUCAGUUUCCAGCAGGAUUUAUUACAUGCCCAUCACUAUGAUGCUGCUUUUAUCUUCAGGAAACUAAGAGCUGUCAAAGCCUUCCACUACACUGCUAUGCCAAAGCUGCUCUAUUACAGGACAAAGAAAAAAAUAGGACAGGAAGCAGUCAAAGAAGAAUUCAGAGAAAAACCUAAUAAUAUAAAUGAAGUACUGUCUACAGAUGUACUAGAAGAAGUUAUGAACAUUCACGAACACUAUCAGCAGAUGAAAUGUUUAAUUUCUGCAGACAGAACCCAGCCAGACAAAGCACUGAGCCUUAUAAAGGAAGAGUUUGUGAUAAAUUUGAAAAACAUUGCUCUGGAACAUCAGCAGUGGUGGAUGAACAAAACGAGGCCACAUUUGAAAAUGGAGAAGGAGAGUGAAUCAGAAGCCUCAAAAGAUCGUGAAGAAGGAACAUCUUUUGAAUCUGAGGGAUCUGAACGAGCAAGAAGACUGGCACAAAUAAAAUCAAAGUCUUAUACCCAUCUGGCACAGGCUUCAAAAUCAAGGCGGCAUCGUCAGGUCAAAAUGGAUUCUUCUGAGUCAGGAUCUGAUCGUGAAGGAGUGAAAAAAGGGAGAGGGAGAGGAAGGAAACGGUCAAAGACUUGUGAUGUGAAGACAAGAAAAGACUUGUUGAGCAGUAGAGGUAACAAAGUGAUAACAAAGGAAACCAGUAUAGGAAGACCCAGCAUGCCAGUAAUCACUGAAGAAGAAGACAGUUCAAGUGGUGAAGGUACAUCAUCUCCAGAAAAGAAACGAGCACGGCAUUAAAGCACUAGGUCAAUCAUCUUAUAUGAAGUGAAGCAUUUUAGACCACGUUGUUCAAUAUUUUGUACAAAAUAUUUUUAUUUUUUAUGUAACAGUUUUAUCAGCUGUGGUAAACUUUCUGUAGAUUUUUCUGCAUCAGAGUACGAAUGUUAGGUGCUUUAUAUCUGUGUUUUGCAGACGUAAAAAUUAAAUAAAAUGUGUGUGCUUGCAUUCUUUUUACUUGAAGUAUGAAAAGUAUAUGCAGACCUUAGUCUGGAAUGUUUAUCUGUUAACUGACAUGCUUUAAGACGUUGCUGUCCUUUUCACCAUUUUUUCCAUACCAUUAGUCAUUUUAUUUUUAAUCCCCCUGUUUAGAUUGAUUUUUUUCAUUGACAAACACAGUUGCAAAGAUGCUGUAGUACAUGAUUUUCUGUCAUGCAGGCACCUAAUCUGAUGUACUUAAUGUUGGCAAAAUAAAUAUUUAUUGCACCAUAUGCAAUAACAUUUGGA